GUGAUUGGCUGCUUUGCCAGGCAUAUAUAAAGUUCCGAUAACCGUCCGUACUUCCCUUUCCUUCUCACACCGGCCAGGACCAGUCAGCCUCGCCGCGCCGCUGUCCAUUCCACCCCAACACAACAGCUUAAAGCACCCGCGGGCCAACAAUUCGGCAACAUGUCUAAGGGACCAGCUGUCGGCAUUGAUCUUGGGACCACCUACUCCUGCGUUGGUGUGUUCCAGCAUGGAAAAGUUGAAAUCAUUGCCAAUGACCAGGGCAACAGGACCACGCCCAGCUAUGUGGCCUUCACAGACUCAGAGAGGCUGAUUGGAGAUGCGGCCAAGAAUCAGGUUGCCAUGAACCCCACCAACACAGUCUUUGAUGCCAAAAGACUGAUUGGCCGCAGAUUUGACGACGCGGUUGUGCAGUCGGACAUGAAGCACUGGCCAUUCAACGUCAUCAACGACAGCACCCGCCCCAAAGUUCAAGUUGAAUACAAGGGUGACUCCAAGUCCUUCUACCCAGAGGAGAUCUCUUCCAUGGUGCUGACGAAGAUGAAGGAGAUUGCUGAAGCCUACCUCGGAAAAACUGUCCACAAUGCUGUAGUCACAGUGCCCGCCUACUUCAAUGACUCCCAGCGCCAGGCCACCAAGGACGCUGGCACAAUCUCUGGCCUCAACGUUCUACGUAUCAUCAACGAACCAACCGCUGCUGCUAUUGCCUAUGGUUUGGACAAGAAGGUUGGGUCAGAGAGGAAUGUCCUCAUCUUUGAUCUCGGUGGCGGCACCUUCGAUGUAUCCAUCUUGACCAUCGAGGAUGGUAUCUUUGAGGUCAAGUCCACUGCUGGAGACACUCAUCUUGGUGGGGAAGACUUCGACAACCGCAUGGUCAACCACUUCAUCGCAGAGUUCAAGCGCAAGUUCAAGAAGGACAUCAGCGACAACAAGAGAGCUGUCCGCCGUCUGCGCACCGCCUGUGAGAGGGCAAAGCGCACGCUGUCUUCCAGCACCCAGGCCAGCAUUGAAAUCGACUCUCUGUACGAAGGAGUCGACUUCUACACCUCCAUCACCAGGGCUCGCUUUGAGGAGCUCAACGCUGACCUCUUCCGCGGCACCUUGGACCCAGUGGAGAAGUCUCUCCGUGAUGCCAAGAUGGACAAAGGGCUGAUCCAUGACAUCGUGCUGGUCGGUGGCUCCACCCGUAUCCCCAAGAUCCAGAAACUGCUGCAGGACUUCUUCAAUGGAAAGGAGCUCAACAAGAGCAUCAACCCAGAUGAAGCUGUGGCCUACGGAGCUGCUGUCCAGGCUGCCAUCCUGUCUGGUGACAAGUCUGAGAAUGUGCAGGACUUGCUUCUUCUGGAUGUCACCCCUCUGUCCCUGGGUAUUGAGACUGCUGGAGGUGUCAUGACUGUCCUGAUCAAACGUAACACCACCAUUCCCACCAAGCAGACCCAGACCUUCACCACCUACUCCGACAACCAGCCCGGUGUGCUCAUUCAGGUCUAUGAGGGUGAGCGUGCCAUGACCAGGGACAACAACCUGCUGGGCAAGUUUGAACUGACGGGCAUCCCUCCUGCUCCUCGUGGUGUUCCCCAGAUCGAGGUGACGUUCGAUAUUGAUGCCAAUGGCAUCAUGAACGUCUCUGCUGUGGACAAGAGCACUGGAAAAGAGAACAAGAUCACCAUCACAAACGACAAGGGUCGUCUCAGCAAGGAGGACAUUGAGCGCAUGGUCAAUGAAGCUGAGAAGUACAAGGUGGAGGAUGACGUCCAGCGUGACAAGGUGUCGGCCAAGAACGCCCUGGAGUCGUAUGCUUUCAACAUGAAGUCGACUGUGGAGGACGAAAAGCUCGCUGGAAAGAUCAGUGAAGAGGACAAGCAGAAGAUCUUGGAGAAGUGCAACGAGGUCAUCGGCUGGCUCGACAAGAACCAGACGGCUGAGAGGGAUGAAUAUGAGCAUCAACAGAAGGAGCUGGAGAAGGUGUGCAACCCCAUCGUCACUAAGCUGUACCAAGGUGCCGGUGGCGUGCCAGGUGGGAUGCCCGAGGGCAUGCCCGGCGGCUUUGGUGGAGCCGGUGGUGCUCCCCCAAGUGGUGGUGGAUCCUCCGGCCCCACCAUUGAGGAGGUGGACUAAACAUUCCAUCGCCUUAGCUGAGAUAUGUUCUAAGAAAGUAACCCUCUUACAGCAUAAGUUACAUCAAGCGUAAGAGUGCAAUUAAAAAAAAAAACAACAGGGUUCAGGGGUCACACGACUGGAACAGCUUGUAGUUGGCUCACAUGUUGCAUUUUGUAUUCUGAGAUGUCAAGACCUUGACAAUAAACUUGUAACCCUC